GGAGAAGCUUCACUUCCUGAUCCACCUGUCGGACAGGUACUGACUGCGGGCGGGACGGAGAAAUUGACUCACGCCYCGACUAAACAGGAACAUGGACGGAACUUUAUUGAAACUUUGACGCAGUUAUUUAUUUUUUUUCAUGGUGACAAAGGUGGCCCAGUGUGCUCAGCCGAUAAUGUGUGGAGUGGUCCGGGGAAGCAGCGCUCUGAACGUCUUCUUCCUGCUGUUUUUUACCAGCAUUUUCGCUCCUUCUCCAGUCGCUUCCAUCAAAGUGAGCACUCCAGCAGAGCUCCAUGCAUCUAAAGGGGAAACUGUCAAAUUGUCGUGCACUUUUUCCUCCACAAGGAGGCCGACCAGCAAGAUGACAGUGGAUUGGUCCUACAGACCCCCAUCCGGAGGUGCACCACAUACAUUCUUCCACUUCUCCUCCAGUGUUUUUCCUCCUCUGGAUGGUCAGUUUGCCGGUCGUAUCAAAUGGCAGGGAACCCCGGCCCGUGGUGAUGCUUCCAUCUCUCUGAUCAAUGCCACGCUGACAGAUAACGGAACCUUCACGUGCUCUGUCAGAAACCCUCCUGAUGUCCACGGGUCUCCAAGCUCACACACUGUGCUCACAGUCACCCCAAAARCACCCAGCAUUCGUUUCUCUGAUGUUGCUGUCCUCCUCGCCUUCGUCAUCAUCCCUUCCGGUGUUAUCACCUUCUUUCUGAUUGGACGGAUGUUCUGUCCCAAGAAACAACGUAGCCAAUCAAAGGUCUACAGAUCCCCCAUAGAGGUCACCGAGGGAGAGGAGUAUGUCGCCCACCCACAGGGAGCCAAGACAAAGGGAGUCGCAUGCUGUGACCUACAUCUGACGGACUCAGAGGAUGAUUUGUACUACAGUCUGAAGAAGAGGCCUUCCAAAGAUGAAAACUGUAUGGAGUCUGGAGUUUAGGAAGCACAAAUCUCUUCUAAUUGGAGGCGCUGAAUGAAAAUCAAUGCUGGGUUUCUGUGUCCACCACUCAGUCAUGCUGGGGAUGAAGUUUACUAUUCUUUAUUUUGGAGACCAGUUUGGAGCUGUUAGAAACUGUAAAAUAUGCAAAACUUAGAUGAGUUUUUCUCCCCCRGAUGAGCUCCUUUGUAUAAACAGUGCCCUUUUUGUAUCAAUGAGCAAUAGAUAAAGAGAAAUCUCUAUUUUUGAAGUUGUGGUGUGGAUAUUUUUUAGUAUUUUGCUCACAAAGCGUUCCAUAGUGGUUUGAUCAGGAGCAAACUGGCCCCGCAUGUACAAACACAAGACAUCCAACAUAAAUUUUGUGUAUAUAUAUUUAUAUCUUUAUGUCUCAGAGAUGGUGUGUCUUUUUGUUUUUGGAAAGAAUGUGGAUAUUUUUUGUUUAAUUUAUUGCAGCUGUAUGAAAUUGUCUUCAGUGGAAUGUUUUUUUUUUGUUGGAUCCUUGAGACUAGAAUGGAAAAUAAAGGGUUUGAUUUAGAAAACUA